AUGGCUGCAUUGGGACAUCUUCAAGCUCUUACUGUUCUCAACUUGUCCAACAAUGCUCACACUGGGAAAAUCCCAUCUUCUAUAGGUGACCUGAGGCAAUUAGAGUCAUUAGAUUUGUCGAGGAACAACCUCAUUGAGUCAAUUCCAACCCCACUAGAGCAACUCACCUUCCUUUCAUUCCUAAAUCUAUCAUUUAAUCAGCUUGUUGGAAGGAUACCAAAGGCUAAUCAAUUUCAAACAUUUUCAGCAGAUUCCUUUAUUGCUAAUAAAAGACUUUAUGGAUUCCCUUUGACGACAAAAUGCUUGUUUGAAGUGGGAAUUGAAACUUUGUUGCCUAAUACAGUGAAAGACCAUAAGAGCAUUGAUUGGAAUCUAUUGAGUGUUGAACUUGGAUUCGCUAUUGGGUUUGGUAUUGUCUUUGGGCCACUUUUGUUCUGCAAGAGAUGGAGGGCAUGGCACUAUAAAUGUGUUGAUGAUAUUUUUUCUAGGUUCUUUCCCUCAGCUGUGUCAAAUAAGUGUCUGGAUAAUAAGAUAUCCGUUUCUCUAUUUGAGGGUUCUGUUUGUGCCGAUUGA